GGCCGAGCUCGGCGGAGGCGGGAAUUCGGGCUCCAGCGGGUGCUGCGGGUUGCGAGAGGCGGCCCAGAUCUCCCAGCAGCUAGACUUCUCAAGGCCGUCAGAUCCAUGGGGACCUAAGGGUCCACCACAGUUGAGUCAGGAUGAGGAGGAGCCUGGCUCCGAGUCAGCUUGCCAAGAGGAAGUCGGAGGGCAGUGCUUCUGAUGAAGAAGACUGGCAUCCAGAGUCGGUGACUCAGAAGAGGCGGAAGUCCAGCAUUGAGGUGAAUAGCCGGGACUGUUUCUUGUCACCUUUUCGGAAACCCCUGACUCAGCUAACGAAUCGGCCUCAGUGCCUGGACAGCAGCCAACAUGAGGCAUUUAUCCGGAGCAUCUUGUCGAAGCCCUUCAAAGUCCCGAUCCCCAAUUACCAAGGUCCUCUCGGCCUCCGGGCCUUGGGCAUCAAGCGGGCGGGGCUCCGGCAUGCCCUCCAUGACCCGUUAGAGGAAGGAGCUCUAGUUCUUUAUGAACCGCCGCCUCUCAGUGCCCAUGAUCAGCUAAAGCUGGACAGGGAGAAGCUCCCUGUCCAUGUGGUGGUCGAUCCCAUUCUCAGUAAGAUCUUACGGCCCCACCAGAGAGAGGGCGUCAAGUUUCUCUGGGAAUGCGUGACCAGCCGGCGCAUCCCUGGCAGCCACGGUUGCAUCAUGGCGGACGAGAUGGGCCUGGGCAAGACCCUGCAGUGCAUCACGCUGAUGUGGACGCUCUUGCGCCAGAGUCCUGAGGGCAAGCCUGAGAUCGACAAGGCUGUGGUGGUCUCCCCCUCCAGCCUGGUCAGGAACUGGUCCAAUGAAGUACACAAGUGGCUGGGGGGCCGGAUCCAGCCCCUCGCCAUCGAUGGGGGCUCCAAGGAGGAGAUUGACCAGAAAUUAGCCAGCUUCAUGAACCAGCGGGGCUCCAGGGUCCCCUCUCCCAUCCUCAUCAUCUCCUACGAGACAUUCCGCCUGCAUGCUGAAGCCCUGCAGCGAGGAAGUGUGGGGCUGGUGAUCUGUGACGAGGGCCACAGACUCAAGAACUCAGAGAACCAGACGUACCAGGCCCUGAACAGCUUAAACACGAGCCGGCGAGUGCUCAUCUCCGGGACCCCGAUACAGAAUGACCUGCUGGAGUACUUCAGCUUGGUGCACUUUGUGAAUUCUGGCAUCCUGGGGACGGCCCAGGAAUUCAAAAAGCACUUUGAGCUGCCGAUUUUAAAGGGCAGAGAUGCUGAUGCGAGUGAAGAAGCCAGGCAGAAGGGGGAGGAACGCCUCCGAGAGCUCGUCAGCAUCGUGAACAGGUGUCUGAUUCGGAGAACCUCGGACAUCCUCUCCAAGUACCUGCCUGUGAAAAUUGAGCAGGUGGUCUGCUGCAGGCUGACUCCGCUGCAGACUGAGCUGUACAGACGAUUUCUCAAACAAGCCAAGCCCGUGGAGGAGCUGAGAGCGGGCAAGAUGAGCGUGUCGUCCUUGUCUUCCAUCACGUCCCUGAAGAAGCUGUGUAACCACCCAGGCCUGAUCUAUGAGAAGUGUGUGGAGGAGGAAGAAGGCUUUGCAGGAGCCCUCGACUUAUUUCCCCCUGGCUACAGCUACAAGUCGGUGGAGCCGCAGCUCUCAGGGAAGAUGCUGGUCUUGGACUAUAUUCUGGCUAUGACACGAAGGAGCAGCAGUGACAAGGUCGUCCUGGUGUCCAACUACACCCAGACCCUGGACCUGUUUGAGAAGCUCUGCCGGCUCCGGAGGUAUCUCUACGUCCGGCUGGAUGGCACCAUGUCCAUCAAGAAACGAGCCAAGGUCGUGGAGCGAUUCAACAGUCCCUCGAGCCCGGACUUCAUCUUCAUGCUGAGUAGCAAGGCUGGUGGCUGUGGCCUCAACCUUAUCGGGGCCAACAGGCUGGUCAUGUUUGACCCUGACUGGAACCCCGCCAACGACGAGCAGGCCAUGGCCCGUGUGUGGCGUGAUGGCCAGAAGAAGACCUGUUACAUCUACCGCCUGCUCUCGGCUGGGACAAUUGAAGAGAAGAUCUUUCAGCGACAGACUCACAAGAAGGCUCUGAGCAGCUGUGUGGUGGAUGAAGAGCAGGACGUGGAACGUCACUUCUCCCUGGGGGAGCUUCGGGAACUGUUCACCCUCAACGAGGUCACACCCAGCGACACCCAUGACAAAUUGCGCUGUCGUCGCUGCGUGAAUGGACGUCAGGUCCGGCCUCCUGCUGAGGGUUCCGACUGCACCUCUGACUUGGCCCAGUGGCACCACAGUGCAGACAAGAGGGGAGUCCCAGAUGCUGUGUUGCUGGCAGCCUGGGAUGCUGCAGUGACCUUUGCCUUCCACCAGCGCUCACAUGAGGAGCAGCGUGGGGUCCUUUGAGUCCUGGGACUGGGACUGGGGCUGAACUGGGCCUAGGUUGGGGUUGGACUAGGUGUGGAUUGGGGUUGGGGGACUGGACUGGGCCUAGGUCGGAGCUGGACUGGGGCUGAGGCCAAGGCCAGGCUGGGCCAGGCCACUGAAUGACUACAGCCACCUAGGCUGGUCUGGGCAGAAAGCCUGUGCUUGCUGCCCCAGGAGCCAGAGCUGCCCAGCCUGCACCACUCCUGCCAUCACUGGCCAAAAGCUGGGGGAAGACUCAGCCACACAGCUGGAAGGCAGAGAUACGCAGAAUAGAUUUUUUAUUUUUAAAAAUGUAGAAAGGCACAGAGGAAAAAUAAAGGCAUUAACAACUCU